AUGACCUCCUACCUCAUGACGCCCCCCACCAUUCCCCGCAAGCGUGCCCGCCAGAGCGCCGAGAACGCCUCCUUUGAGCCCCUCCUCGCGACCCCGGAGCUCGUCAACUCGCCAUCAAACGCAUCGUUCGAGUCGGCCGAGCCCAGCACGCCGACAAGCCAGCGCUUCUCCACCGCUCUCCUGCCUCCGACUCCUCGCUUUACCCGCACCCAGACUCCUCAGAGCAAGACUGUCGUUCCCCCUUCCCCAAGCCCCGCCGCCCGCUUCCGCAAGGCCUACCUCGAGGGCACCAUCGAGACCGAGGUGCCCGUAACGCCGUUCAAGAUCCAGGUCGCCAUCUCUGCUCCCCCAGCAACACCACUUCACCAGCGGCGCCGCGCCCUCACUCCUCACACUCCUAGCCCGGUUACGGCCGCGCCCGGUGUGUUUGGUUCUGCUCCGGCUGUGUCGUCCGACGACCUCCCCUUCCGGGUUACGCCGUUCGCCAGGGCAUCAAUCCACCGUGCCUCCACCGCCCUUCAGGACCUCCUCUUCGACGCCGACCCAUUCCUUGACCACUCUGCCCAGGACGACAUGGACAUGGACGUUGACGAGGCCUUUGGCCCCAGCUUCUCCACUCCCCAGAAGGUUGCUCCUCUUACGCCCGAGCCCGAGGUUCCCUGCACUCCCCCACGGCAGGUGCGCCGCGGCGGCAUCCCUCGCUCGCCGCGUCACUGGAACCUCGUCUCCGCCGUGUGCGCGUAA